CUCCUUUGUUCCUACAUCUUCAUGCCCUUCUCCUUCAUGAUGGGAGUUGACUGGCAAGACAGCUUCAUGGUCGCCAAACUCAUAGGUUACAAGACAUUCUUCAAUGAAUUUGUAGCUUAUGACCACCUCUCAAAACUGAUCAAUUUGAGGAAAGCAGCUGGACCCAAAUUUGUGAAUGGCGUGCAGCAAUACAUGUCGAUUCGUUCUGAGACCAUUGCCACCUACGCCCUCUGUGGUUUUGCCAAUUUUGGUUCCCUAGGAAUAGUGAUCGGCGGACUUACAUCCAUAGCUCCGUCCAGAAAGCGUGACAUUGCCUCUGGAGCAAUGAGAGCCCUGAUUGCAGGGACAGUUGCCUGCUUCAUGACAGCCUGCAUCGCAGGCAUGCUCUCCGGCACCCCGGUAGACACCAACUGCCAUCACAUUCUGGAGACCACCAACUUACUCAGCAACACAACCGAAGUGGUGUCUUGUUGCCAAAGUCUCUUGAACAGCACUGUCGCCAAGGGACCAAAUGUGGUCAUCCCAGGAGGAAACUUCAGCCUCUUUGCUGUGAAGAGCUGCUGCGAGUUGUUGAAACCAUCAACACUGAACUGCAGUUGGGUCCCGAACACACCAUGAGCUCAGCCGUGUAUCCGGUGGGAUUCUGAAUGCAGAUGCUGGGUUUUCUGCCCUGGAGGGGACAGAGCUAUUGCCACAGGUUCAUAACUCCAUCACAGACUCAGCUUUAAUGGCAAAGAAGGAAGGAAGUGUGGAGGGACACUUCUGAGGGACAGCGUCUCCUGCCUUCCCUCCCUUCUUAGCCCACCCUCUCUCCAUGGAGAACUCCUAUGAUGACACCCCAAACCGAGGCGUGAUCUUCAGUCCAAAUAAUGUCCUCUUUCUAUUUUCAAGGAUUCCAUGAGAAAGUAACAUAUAUGUGUGAGUAUAUAUAUAUAUAUAUAUAUAUAUAUAUAUAUAUAU